AUGGAACUUAUUGGCUCUUCUAGCGGAAAUGACUUCGUAGUUGCGAAACGAUGGAAGUUGAUACGCAAAAUUGGUGCUGGGUCCUUUGGGGAUAUUUAUCUUGGCCUUAACAUUACAAACGGCGAGGAGGUAGCCGUAAAACUGGAGCCCACGAACGCCAGACAUCCACAGCUUGUAUAUGAAAAUAGAGUUUACCGUCUCCUUCAGAAUACUUUUGCCGUUCCACGAAUACAUUGGUUUGGACCUGAUGGUGUCAAAAACGAGUAUCGUGCAUUAGUCAUGGACUUGCUUGGUCCCAGUCUAGAAGAUCUUUUUAAUUACGUUGGUCGAAGGUUUACCAUGAAAACAGUUCUUAUGUUGGCGGAACAAAUGCUCUGGCGUGUUGAAUAUGUUCACUCAAAGAAUCUUAUUCACCGGGACAUUAAACCUGACAAUUUCCUGAUGGGAAUAGGACAACGGUGCAACAGACUAUUCUUGGUUGAUUUCGGACUCGCUAAAAAAUACAGGGAUAGUCGUACAAAAAUGCAUAUUCCGUUUCGAGAUGAUAAAAAUUUGACAGGCACUGCAAGAUAUGCCAGUAUCAAUGCGCAUGCUGGUCAUGAACAAUCGAGAAGGGAUGAUAUCGAGUCCCUAGGAUACGUGUUUAUGUAUUUUCUUAGAGGCCAGCUUCCUUGGCAAGGCUUAAGAGCCGCAACGAAAAAGCAAAAGUACGAGCGAAUCUACGAGAAGAAGCUAGCGACCACUCCGGAGCAGCUGUGUCGGGGCUACGCGGUGGAAUUCGAGACCUACCUUCAGUACGCCCGCGAGCUGGUCUUCGAAGCUCCUCCCGACUACCUCUACCUGCGAAGGCUUUUCCGAAAGCUCUUCAAGACAUACGACUUUGCGUGGGACUCGGUGUACGACUGGACCCUCAUGAAGCAAAAGCCCGCCGCGCCGCCAUCGUCCAGCAGCGGGACACACCAGCACCACCAAGCCACUGCCACGGCAGCUGCAACCGGCGGCGGUGGCGCGACCUGUAACAACAACCUCGCCACAAGCCAACCAAUGGCACUGCUCCAGCAAGCCGUCGGCGAUAGUCAGCAGGCGCCCAAUUUCCGUCGGCAAUACAUCGAGGGGGGCUACAACAGCUCAGGUGUUGACUUCUCUCAGCAGGCUGCGGCUGGGACGGCAUACAAGGACCCUAAUGCUAGGUUCUAG